ACAUUACGGUACUCCGGCCGCGUCACACGGAGGUCGAAGGACGAAAACAAACAAACAUGUCAGCGAGCAGCUAGUCGUUAGUUUCAUAUUUUAUCUGAUUGUAGCUGUAUAAACGUGUGUUAACAGCUCCUGUCCGUGUUUAUUUGAGUUUGAGUUAUUGCGGACAGUUUAUUUUGUGUGAUGGCUUCUUUAACGAGCUGCUCAUUAGCUUCACCUGUCAGACUCUGUUUGUUUCUGAGCUCCGGGACCAGCAGUUCGCUCUCUGCAAACGGUUUAGGUCAGAGGAGUUUGUGUCUAGGUGCAGCAGCAGCAGCAGCUUUGUGCAGACAAACAGUCUCUCCCCGGUGGAACGGGACUCGAGGGUUUUUGUCCCAUGGCGGUGGUGCAGGCGAGGAGCAGCAGACCCUGGAGGACGUGGCCAAGAAGCUGAGGGAGCAGCAGUACAGCAGGGUGGUGGUGAUGGCUGGAGCUGGGAUCAGCACGCCCAGCGGCAUCCCAGACUUCAGGUCUCCGGGCAGCGGUCUCUAUGACAACCUGCAGCAGUACGACCUGCCGUACGCCGAGGCGAUCUUCGAGAUCAACUUCUUCCACCACAACCCGAAACCCUUCUUCGCCCUGGCCAAAGAGCUUUACCCCGGGAACUACCGGCCCAACCUGACGCACUACUUCGUCCGCCUGCUGCACCAGAAGAAUCUGCUGCUGCGGAUGUACACGCAAAACAUCGAUGGGCUGGAGAGACUGGCAGGGAUUCCUCCUGACAUGUUGGUGGAGGCGCACGGGACGUUUGCUAUGGCGACCUGCACCGUCUGCAGGAGGACGUACGAGGGAGACGAGCUGAGACCAGAUGUGAUGAGCGGGACGGUGCCGAAGUGUCCCACCUGUAAAGGCGUGGUGAAGCCUGACAUCGUGUUUUUCGGGGAGGAGCUUCCUCGCCACUUCUUUAAAUACCUCACAGACUUCCCGCUGGCCGACCUGCUGAUCGUCAUGGGAACCUCACUGGAGGUGGAGCCAUUCGCCAGCCUGGCGGGAGCCGUCCGCGGCUCUGUACCUCGGCUGCUCAUCAACAGGGACUUGGUGGGUCCGUUCGCCUGGCGCCGCCGGCCACAGGAUGUGGUGCAGCUGGGGGACGUGGUGGGUGGUGUGCAGGCCCUGGUGGACGCUCUCGGCUGGACGCAGGAGCUGAACACUCUGAUGGAGGCUGAAGCUAAGAAAGCUGCAAUAAAGACAGAAGAGUGAAGGUUUCACUGUCACAUCAGGCUGGAGGUUUGACUUUAUUCACUCACUGUCACGAAUCAGUGCAGGACUAAAUCCAGACUUUUCUCACUGGGGUUCAUGUGGUGAUGGAAUGGAUGGAUGGACAUGAAAUAAUUUAAAUCUGCUGAAAAUUGAUGCUUUAGUGGAAUUACAGUAAAAAAAAAUAUAUAUAUAUAUUAAUAUUAAUUGAAAGGAAAAUGCAGGAAAAUAUGAUUUAUUUUAAGCGUUUAAAGUUUCCAGGACUCUGAAGAAAACUCUGAACUGAAAGCAGCCGAUCAUUGUCUUGUUAUCAGCUUUCACUUAAUGAAAAUAAGCUCAAGUUUCCUGCUGAAUGUCUGCAGGAUAAAACUUGUCAUGACACAUUGCAGAUAAAACCUUUGAAAACAGGUCAAAAAUAUAUAAUUUUGUGUUUUUAAACCGCUGCUCUGUGUGUGUGUGUGUGUGUCAAAAUAAACGACCGUGUGUGUUAAUGGUGAUAAAGGAACUACAGUGUGUUUCCCUGAAGAAUAAAUAUCCAACUUU